AUGGAGUUUUCGGCUCUGGCUCCCACGUACCGCCUGGGAGAGAAGACGGUCCGCCCCAUAGUCUACGACACGUGUGCCGCGAUCAUCGCCGCCGUCGGUCCGGAGGUGUUGGCCUCCCCUACUCGCCGCACCUGGGAGAGGAGCGAGGCCACCUUCCGAGACCGGUGGAACUUCCCAAACUGUGUGGCAGCACUCGACGGAAAACAUGUCGUCCUGCAGGCGCCAGCCAACACCGGAAGUGAGUACUACAACUAUAAGCACACCUUCAGCACUGUUCUGGCCGCCGUGGACGGCGACUAUCGAUUCGUGUACGUGUCGGUCAAGGCCGUAUAA